AUAGUCAAUAGAAAUAAACCCUGGUCUGGAAAAGCUAUUGUCGUAUGUUAUUGUUCGCUUUUUUUUAAGUCACGUGAUCAAAUCUAGUGCAAAACAAACAAAACUUUUAUAAUGAAAGUUACGAAUUAAUAAAGAUUUUGAUGUUUAUUUUAAAUUAAUAUAUUAAAAUUAUUAUUUUUCUUUAUUAUUAAAAUAAUAUUGGUUCCUUUCUAUUGUCUAUGGUUUAAAAACUUUAUUCAAUUUAAAAUGUUUCUUUAUAUUCUAUAUUUAAAAAAAGUCUAAAAGAUAAAUCCAAAAUGCCAGGUUCAAAUUGUUGUCUACCAGGAUGUUGCCAGAUACUCACUUAAUCUAUAAAUUAUACUCACGAUCAAUGCUGAACACUACAGUUACCGAACUUUUAUGCAAAAUAUGUACAUUAAGAUUUUGUUCUGGUAUUAUAGAAAACAUCAGAAAUAUAAAUAAUGAUGAUUUUGUUGAUCAUAUUGUUCCAAUGGAAUUUGAUUUAGAAAGUGCAAGUACAGAUGGUAUGCGUGUAUCAAAUGAAAGGUUUAAAAGAGCAAAAUCAUGUAUUAUAUUACAUACUAGUGAGUCUGAUAAUAUAAAUUCUGUUUGUUCAUUUUGUACCCACACACUAAAAAAGAACAAAAUGAUUAAAAUAAAAAAACAACAUCAGUUAGCCACACCUGCUCUUCGAAAAGCUCCACUUAGUAAAACAAAUCCUGUUCGCGUUCUAUUAGCAUUAAAACAAGAACGUCUAAGAUGUGCCCAGCUAACAAGUAAUUUAGAAAAAAUAAAUUUUCAAAUAGACUCUAAAGGUAUUACUAUUGAUGAUGGGUUUGUUGAUGAUUUAAAUCAAAUAAUGAGUAGUAACUACGAAAAAGCUACUCCCUUUAUGAAAUUAUUUUGGGACCAGCAAAAGAAAAUGUGUAAUAAAAAUUUUGGCUCAAUAAAGUAUCACCCUAUGAUAAUACGGUUUUGCCUCUCACUUGCCUCAAAGUCGGCCUCAGCUUAUGAUGAGUUGCGCUCAUCAAAUGUACUAACAUUAAACGGUACUUAUGGUUUUUUGCUGAUGCUCCCCAUCUCAUCAAAACAGCAAGGAACUGUUUAUAUCACUCAGGGGAUGGAAGGGGUACACGAAGUCUUUGGAAUGAUGGCCAACAAUUGAUUUGGUACCAUAUCACAAGAAUAGUCAAUGACGAAAUGAAAAAUGGGUUAAAAAUUAUACCAAAGUUAACACAGGAUCAUAUUAAACUUAGUGCUUAUUCUGUUAUGAAUGUAAGACUUGCAGCCCAGGUUUUAAGUAGUAGUGUCAGUAACAUUUUAAAAAAUUAUUACCCUGAUGAUACAAAUGGAACAGCAAAAUUUUGUGAAAUGUUAGAUAGUUUUUUUGAUUGCUUAAAUGUGCGAAACAGCAGUGAAGGGAUAAUGAAACGCAAACCAUUUUUAUUACCAUACACGGAUGUUAAUGACGACCAACAAUGCAAAAGGAAGAAUGUUUAUCUCUUGGCAAACAUACGAAGGACUUCAAAUAACUGUAAUGUCUGUUAUCGAAUUGGUAAAAUUUUUAUUAAAAAGUGGUAUGCCGUUUGUUUUGACUGAAAAAUUCAAUCAAGACGUUUUGGAGGAAUACUUUGGUAGACAACGGAGUUUAGGUCGAAGAAAUGACAACCCUACACUAUAUCAAUUUGGUUACCAGUCAAAUACCUUGCGAUUGCAAAGAUCAAUUGCGCCGGUUACUGGAAAUACUAAAGGUGGUCAUGGUCAAAAACGUGAAGUAUCUUGGAGUGUUGUUGAUAAUGAAAAGUUACCAAAACGAAAAAAAAACCUAUAAAUAUAAUCUAAAUAUAAACAUAGCAUAUAACAAAAUAUAUCAAUUAUUUGUAUUA